UUUCCAUCUGUGGACACGUCGGUCGGUCAGCGGAGGUUUUUCCGAGCGAUACCACAACCGAACCAGAAAAAAAGAGAAAUAACCAACGUGAAAAAAGACAACCGUGUUGCUGUGUGUUGGUGUGUGUGCGUGUUUGUGUUGGUUAGCUCAUAAAAGAUUCAACAGCCUGCCGAGCUAAAAAAUAAAUAAAAAGAUAACAACGUGCGUUAAACAAAACAAAAAUAAUUGGAAAAAUUAUACAUAAAUAGCCAGGGAGAAACACCAAAAGUUUAAUGAAAAAAAGUGUUAAAUAAAAGGAGCAAAAUAAGGUGCAGCCGUCGCCUUUAAGCGCCACUUGAUGCCAUCGUGACACACAAAAGGGAAUCCGUUGAAAAGGCAAUUGACGAGGGCGGGGUGGUGGAGGAGGACCACGAGGCAAGCUAACCAGGGGGCGGCGGCGAUGACACUGACGCAUCCAAAGACGUCCAGAUGACGGGCCGGGGGCAUCAGCAGGAGGAGCCGAAACACCACCACAACCCCGAGGACAAAACAAACCGAUCAACGUGUCAACGCGUCGAGUAGAAUGCAAAUAGGCGACAAGAACAAGACCAGCAGCAAGAGCAGCAACAACCGCCUCCAACCACCAGAUCCCGAGUCUGGGCCAGAGCCACCACCUACCAUCCGUACCAUAAGCCAACAUGGCGGAUGCGGACGAUAGCAAGAGUGGUGACAGUGGGAGUGGAGCCGAGUCCCUGCAGCUGCUGACCAAACUGGACAAGGCCGUCUCCACCAACGAUGUGCUGCUGGAUCUCCAACGGGCCCUCACCUACGAGGCUGUCUUCAGCACCCUGGUGGAGCACAAGAUGCAGGCCCUCAAGCGGGACUACGAGGAGCACAAGAGGGCAAAGCGACGCAAGCGCAAGUCUAUCGGUCGCAUUUUUCUGCCCAGGAAACUAUUUGGCAGCUCCAGUCGCCGCUCCAGCAGGGAGGACACCCCGCCCGCGGAGGAGCAGCAUCAAUCGCCAGCAGCCACCAGUGGCGGCAAGACCAAGGCCAAGACAAAAGGAAAGGCACGGACGGAUGAGAUUGAGGAGGCCUCCGGCUCCUUGGCCAGCUUGCAGCGAUCUCAUGCGAAGCGGACGGAGAACCUGGAAGACAGUCUGGCCAGCACACUGAGCAAUUCCUCGGGAGCCCAGCACCGGCAGCAUCGGCAUAGCCACAGUUUACUAGUUCGAGCCCAGACCCACACGCCGGCACACCAGGUGGACUUGGAUGCAGAGCGGAGAUCCAUGAGCUCCGUGGAGGAGGGUCUGGGGCAGGAGCAGGUGAGAUCGAGGACCCAGCUUCCCGCCAAACAUUCCACAACGAUCAACGGCGAAUCGGAACUACUGCCCCCGAUCUCCGGACACGACAAUACCUCGACGACUGCCACAGCAACUGCCACAGUGACCGCUACGGGAGGAGGCACCUCUUCGGGCGCCGGAGGCGUCCUCCACAGCUCCACGCUGGCGGACGACAGCCUGACCGCCUCGCUGCGCGGCAGCCUGGAGAGCCUCUCGUACAGCAGCUCCCGCUGCACCGUCAGCUUUGGCGGAGCGGAGGUGAUUGUCCCCGCCGGCAUGGAGGCGGAGUCGAGGGAGCGGGUGCGACUGGCCAAGCGACUGAGGAUCCUGGAGGCCAAGUCCAUCAGCGCCCAGUGCAGCCCCAUCUUUCCCAGGCACGUGGUGCGCUCGUUUCCGAUGCAGUCGCCUCAGCAAGGGCGCCUGCACAUCAAUGUUCCCUCCAGUUUGGCCAAGCCUCAGACGCAGUUGCAAUUGCAGCAGCAACAGUUGCAACCCCACGUGGCCUUGGAAAUUGACACGCUGCCCGCCCCGCUGCCCCAGCGAAGACGACUCCUGCCCAAGCAGCUAUCCUGCACGGAGAGCGGGGCAGCUGGGGACUUUGGAGUGGGCGGGGCGGAGGCCUACACCCGGUACUUCUCCCGCCAGAACACCUCGGAGGACAGCGCCAAUGUGACGGUGAGCACGGUGCUGGCCCAAAGCGACUCCCAGUCGCUGCAUGCCACGCCCAGCUAUGCAAAUACGCCCCCGGCAACGGGCAGCAGGAUUCAGGAGCGCCGCAAGUCCCGGAGCACUGGACUGCUGGCGGUGCGUCCGCCAUAUGGCAUGGAUCCCAGUGCUGUGGUGAUUACCAUGGAGGAGGGCGAGAGCGAGCAGAGGGCCAGGACGAGGGCGCUGAUGCCGGACAAGCUGCACCGGAUAACCUCCACAUCGACGGGCUCCAGUGUGGCCGCCACCGGCUGCUGUAGUGCAACGAAGCCGAAGGAGAAGCCGGCCGAACCCUUUAGGCCCUCUGCGGUGCCCGCCUCCUCGUCCGCAGCAAGGACAACGGCCCAGAGCACGGGCAGCGAUGACGAGUACCGCCGGCGGAAGCGGAAGUACAAGCGCCAUCAUCGCUGCUCGGACCCCGCGCUGGUCUAUCCCACGCCCAGUGGUCUCCAGCACUACGUGCACGUGCUCGGCAUCAAUCCGGACACUCAGCAGCCCAUACAAUGCCCCUACGGCGAGGACUCGCCCUGCGACCUGCAGCUGGACAUGGACUUGGACCUGGACCUGGACCUGGAUGCCGAUAAAAUCGACGACCUUGAGCAGAUGGUGCCCAGUGGUGGUCAUCAGCGGCAUCGUCGAAAGCAUCGGCAUCGCCACAAAAAACGACAUCGGCACAAAAAACCCAAAAUUCUGGUGCAGGACUUGGACACUGAGGUUGUCAAGGUAAUCGAUCCUCAUGAUCUGUCUCAGCGCGCCCGCUGGACAAUAAUUGCCACCGCCUGCUUGCUACUGCUCAUGUGCCUCAUGUUGAUUGGGGUUACUUUGCGUAUGGCUCCGAUUAUUGAUGAUAUGGUGCGACAGGAGAACGAGCGGAACAUCCGCGAGAAUCUGGAGCGCACCUGGAUGAUGAGGAACCGCACCGAGUUGAAUCUGCAGCGCCAGCAGAUGGAGAUGCAGAUGCAGGGCGUUCCCUGAGCGGAAGGAAGGAAGUGACACCGCUGCAGCAGCGCCAGAUGCGACCGGAUGGAAGAUGUCAGCGCGAGCUGGAAAUGCCAGCGGUUGGCAACAGGAACAACAAGUUUGUGGCAGGAAGCCAAAGGACCCCUCUUCCUGCAACCACCCCCAAACUCCUCUCUCCCAUGCUCCCCUGCCGCCAUCCCCAAUCAAAGUUAUGCGCACAAAAGCUACAAAGAAGAACAGAAGAAUCCCAGAAAACGAAACAAAAGAAAUUGUUAACUAAAAAAUAAAACACAACUAAAUGAGGAUGGAGCACUCCGAAGUGCUCGGCUAAAGCUAAAGUUAAUGCUAAUUGUAGUUAAGUCUGCCCGAGCGGAAAUCACUUGUUUUAUAUCUAACUGAGAGGUAGACUCCACUUAGAGCAAACAAAAUAUAAAAUCGAACAGUGAUGAAGUUUAGUCAAUAGUUAAAAACGUUGUUUAUAGAGUUACUUCGAUGGCAUUUUAAAUGUUAGAUCGAUAACGUUCUGGUAUUCAAAUUCACCUGAAAAAGUUUAAAUGGAUUUAAAAUCACUUGCAAAUGCGCCUAAAAAUAUGCAACAGUAGUUUUUAUUCCAAAAGAAUCCCAUGUACAAAACUAGUUUGUACUGUUUUUCAUGAUAUAUUUUAGGCAUAUUUUCAGGUGUUUUCAAAUCGCCAAAGAAUUUUACGCCUGAUCCAAUUCUUCAUAAAUCAUUUAGUCGGUUGCUUUAAAAUUUAAAACAAGACACUCAGUUUAAUGGAAGCUUUAAAUAUUUAACAAGUUUUUUGUAUUUUAAGGUUAAUACUAUACCACAGCAAUUUUGAUGGCGAAAUUGUUUACCAGAACGGGACCGAUUGUCCUGUAAUUAUUGCGCUAGGAUAUGAUCUAGUUGAGGCUGCAGGACGACGCCAAGUGGAAGGAGCAAUUAAGCGAAAGGUUUCGAUUAUUCAGUUGAUUAGCCAAAUGGUUUCAAUUUUUCUUUAGCUGAGUACUCCACCCUUUGGUUUUCCCCCCGAAAAAAGAAGAAAACUCCGCUCCUGAAUGGCGUCGACUGGGCAGCUGGCGAGAGGAGAAAGUUGGUCAAUAGUUGCGUCUGAAGCUAAGUUGUUAACUGAAAAGUACUCCUAAGUAAAUGUUAAUAGCAAUAAAAAACAGAAAAGUUUUUGUAUCUCUUAGAAGACGUUGGAGCAGAGUUAGACGGAGAAGUAUCAAGUAUUCCAAGAACAAUUUUGAGUAAAAAUACGAUUUUCAUAGGUUAACACUAAUUGUAAAAGUGCAGCAAAGAAACAUUCAAUAGAUUUACUCAUACUUGGAAAACACAAACACACAACUUGUGCCAAUGACAAAGAAGCAACCUACAAAAUCCUAAUGAGAGCCUGCAGAACGAAGUGUGGCGUAGCGUAAAUUAAUAAACAAUUGAAUAAUAAUAACGAGGAAAUGUUAGUUAAUUAGCGGAUCGAUGUGAAACAAAAAACUGUUACUUAAGUGCAAAACGAGCUUGUUGUCGAAUUAAUUUUUAAAUGGAUUUAAACUAAGUGAAACUAAGCUAAAUGUUAAAUGUUUUUUUAGGUGUUCAAUGUUACAAUUAAUUUGUGGUCAGGCAGCCGAAAUGAGGUCGAUGCGAUUGCCCAGCCCUUACCAAAGUGAAUAAUUUUACGAACCUGUGCUAACUCAGUUGCAAAGUUUAACGACAAAAUUUAGCUUGAAGCAAACUUCUAUCGGUUUCAGCAACAACAGAGCGUUGAAAGCAUGAAAUUCAAAAGUUGAGAAGAAACUACCCCGAACGCCCAGCCCCAUCUCUCUGCCCAAUUACCAAUUAUCCGGAAAUGUAUUUCACAUCGCAAAUGCUUUCUAAUAUUCGCCCGAAUGCACAAGGGCAAUUUAAUAGGUUUUUGGUUUCUGGCGUUAAAAUUAAUGCCAGAUCCACAGAUAGGAAUAAUAUUAUUUUGCCCGGCUUUCACCUGCACAAACUCGAUAAAAACACAAAGAGAAAAUAGACAAAUACGGAAAUAAUUUUCGAGACAAACCGGCUAUCAUGUACCAAAAUCUCUUUGUUUUCCCUAUGGUCAUUUGAAAUAAUCCAUAAUAUUUUUCAUCAUCUGCAAGUUAACACCGAAAUCAAAAUAAUUUAUUCCCUCAGUUAUUGGUAUUUUUGUUGGCAGGCGGGGAGGAUGGGCAGGACGAAGACAAAUGGAAAGCUUUAAAUUAGCUCAAUAAAUUGUAAUCUAAUACACUUAAUCGGAUCGUUGUUAAAUGCAAUGCAAGUACGUCAAAGACAAAGACUCACACACCUCAUUCAGAUUUGUAAGAUUUGCAUUUCGGCCUAGGAAUCAAAAUCAAGGAACCGCAGAGGAUACUUAAUAAUAUAAACAAUCAAGCAAAACAUUGUACUUAGUAAUUGCAUUUAACAUAGGAGGGGCAGAGGAUAUUUACUAGGUUCGCAUAAUUGAUUUAACUGCAUGCUUAUAAAAAUAAAGAGAAUAAAGGGGCAUUAUCUGAGUGGAGGUAAGGGAAACUAAUUGAAACAAUACAACUAAUGUGUGUAAUUACGGCUAGCUAAGUGUAAAAAUGUAAGCUGAAUUAUUAUACAACCAACUACAAUCGAAGCAAGAAAAUUGAUGUAAUUGAAAAACUCGUAACGUUUUAGGGCAGAAAUACCAAUGAAUAAUGGAUAAUGACACAGGUCAAACACACAAACACGCAGCAUGAAUAAAUUAACGAAUAACGAAAUUAUUUCUCGAGAAAAAAUCAAACUUUUUAGCCUUUGAACGAGAGACUUUUGGUGCCCAAUCCAGUUUGAGCAAUUAUUUACAAGUGAAAAACAAAAUAAAGUAUAACGAGACACAAAGAAAGACACACACUCAGCAGAAGCAUACGUAUUGUAAAUAGAAACAGAAACCAAAUGAGUAAAUACCAAGUAGGUACGUAAAUGAAUAAAUAAUGUAAAAGGCUUAUCCCAAGUAAAUCAACAUUAAAUAAAUUAACAACGGAAACGGAAAUCAAACAGAAACAGGUAAUACUUCAACUUGUGUGCAAGGAAUCAACUUUUACUGUUAAUUGUUGCUGGCAAUGCGAAAGGCAGCGCCAAGCGAAAAACAAAAAACGAAAAUUACAAAAGUAAACCAUGAAAAAUGCAAAACAAAUAUAUUUAAAAAUACAUUUGAACGCCCUCAGCGUUUUAUUCAUCAAGCAAGAAAUGUUGAAUCGAAAGAAAAAGUCAAACAAAGCCAUACAAGCGAUAAAUCAAUUUGUGUCACCUGUGUAGUAAGUAUAUCUCAGUAUUUGUAACUGAAAUUGAAAAAGCGUUGAAGUGCAGGCUUCGACCACGGCAGCAACAAAGAAAAUCAAAUGAAAAUAAACUGAAUUUACAAGUGGA